AUGGAGAAGGCCACUCUCGAAUACUUUGGCGCUACAACCUUUUGCCUUCGCGCAUCAGGUCUCACAAUAUUCCAUGACACCUGGUUGGAUCGGCCAUCGUUGAUGCCCCAUUAUCUGAAUAUCAACGACGUGACUAACGUGGACUACAUAUUGAUAUCCCACGCGCAUUUCGAUCAUCUUCCCGGAGCAGAUAAAAUCGCCAAACGCACAGGUGCCAUCGUUAUCGCCAACAGUGAAGCCAUCAAUCGUCUUCGCGAGGCAGGUGUUCCAGACGAGCAACUUCUUGCUGUCUCUGGGGGCGAGCGAGUUCCCCUAUUUACCGACGAUGUGCGCACUGCAGCUAAGGCAGGAGAAGUAGCUCUACGCGAAGGUCCUCCUGGUGCGCCUGCAGAACCUGACCAUACGCUCGCUGUGGCCGAGAUCCACAUCUGGCCAAGCCUUCACUGCCUUAUCCCGGGUGGUCAUGACACGCUGCCAGACAUUUUUGAUACCGGUGCAGUGUACACGGGCAGCACAACACCAUUUGAUGGCACCUUGGAUAUUACUCGGGGAAUGGAGUACGGGUUGUUUCGGUUAAAGGAGAUUAUAGGGGAGGAUAAUAUGGAUGAGAGGAUGAGGUCUUUUGCGGACUGGAUGGAGGAUAAGAGGGAUAAUGUCAUGUCCUCUUGCGAUGGGGGCCAACUUAUGUUUAACGUCUUACUCAAAAGAAGAGGUGGAGAGGAAGUUAUAAGUAUUCUAUUUAACGCGCAUUUGGGUGCGUAUGAGGGAAUCGUGAGGGAUCUAUACCCCAAGCCAAAUAUUGCUGUCCUCGGGAUCGCGGGAAGGGCAAAUUUGAAUGGGAGACCGUUCAAUGGGUCUGCGGCGAUGUUCGCGACGAACCUAGUGAAAUGGAUGGGGGAGCCGCAGAAGGUCAUUUGGUGCUUGCAUGAUGAGUGUCUUAUUAAACCGUAUCGGGUUGAUACGAAAGCUGCGACGGAAGCAGUGGAGAUGGAGACGGGGUCCAAGGUGGUGAAUCUGCCGCAUGCUAGGCCAUAUACAUUGUUCUCUGAGUGA